AUGACACUAGAGGGGUUUCUGGCGGCCCAUAUCCAAAAUGGUUCACUCAAAGACGGGAGGAGGGUUCCGCCGUUUUACCAUCCCGUCGAGAAGAUAUCAGGACCUGAAAUCGUGUUUGUGCUUCAUUUCGAUGGAUGUGGCUAUUGUCCCGUGUUUAUUCAAUUGAAGAUGCGGAUUUCCAUGGACAAAGCGCAAACAAGGGCUGCGCAAACAACGGUCGAUUCCGAUGCGGUUCAACGUCAUCUCGAAAAUGAUCUCCAGGCGUUUUGUACCCUUACUCCUAAGAGGUUCCUUGGGGUUGUUAUUACUUAUCCCGCUGAACUGACGAGCUUCCAGGACUCAUUUGACAGCUACAGACAAAGCGAGCGACUUCGUGCAGCGCAAGGAGAGCAAACCCUCGAGUGUGUUACACUCAGAAUUGACAAGGACAACAUACACAGCCUCUUCCCAGCACAUCAUAUGGAAGCACUGGACCGUCUCAAGGGCAUAAAGCGAGAGUUGAACCAAGAUAGCGAUGAUCUGGUGGACGAGCAAGUAGCGAAACACCGUGGGCUGAUUCAUUUUUAG